AUGCCCGGCACCACCCCUUCCAAGGACGACGCCGGCAGCGGGAAGCGUGUCUUCAGCGGUGCCAGUCUCAACGCCAAUCCCAGGCCCAACAACACCGCCGGCCAGAAGAUCAAGAACUUCUUCCGCAUCAAUCACGGCAAGCAUGAUACUGCCUCCCAGAAGGACUCGGAGAAAGUGUCCGCCGACGGCUCGCACGACGGCACCCCCACUCCACCAUCCCAACACAACAACAAGAGCAGUCUGCGGAACAGCAGGUUCCUCCCGCACAUUGGGCGAAGCAGGAGUACUACCGUUGCUUCUGAGGGCAACCCACUCGACGAUGGCAUGAGCCCGACCGCACACGUCAACCCCUACUUCCAACAUCAGGGCCCUCCCGCACUACGACAUCACGACGAUAAUAGCAUUCCGCCCUCGCCUCCCGACACACCCCAGAUGUCCAAGAAGAUUGCGCCAGAGGGCAAUGGCCACGAUGCCAACGGCAAUGGCAAAGAAGAGCUGGCCAGGAAGUUGCGGAGGGUUGCCAGUGCUCCAAAUGCACAGGGAUUGUUCAACAAGGCCAAAGGGGCCAGUGCAGACGGUCGACCGCCUACUUCGGAGAACGAAGUCCCGUCGCCGCCAAAGGUCAAUGGCCUGGGACAGCACAGUAAUGCGAGUGCCCUGAGUAUGGUCGAGACGAUACCGCAGAAUGGCGACUUGCUUCCAGUGCCCGGCAUUAACGGUGCCGUGACGCCGGGAAAGCUCCGCAAUAGCAUCGCAUUCCGCCGCACAUACAGCAGCAACAGUAUCAAGGUCAGGAAUGUGGAGGUGGGCCCGAGCAGCUUCGACAAGAUCAAACUCAUCGGAAAGGGAGACGUGGGUAAGGUAUAUCUGGUCAGGGAAAAGAAGAGCUCGAGACUGUACGCCAUGAAAGGUGAGUAGGUUUGGAGGCAUCUCGGAGAGUGGAACACUAACAGCCUCUAGUAUUGUCGAAAAAGGAGAUGAUCAAACGCAACAAGAUCAAGAGAGCCCUGGCCGAACAGGAGAUUCUCGCAACGAGCAAUCAUCCCUUCAUCGUGACCCUCUACCACUCUUUCCAAUCCGAGGACCAUCUAUACCUCUGUAUGGAGUACUGCAGCGGGGGAGAGUUCUUCCGUGCUUUGCAGACAAGACCAAACAAGUGUGUGGACGAGGAUGCUGCCCGAUUCUACGCCGCGGAAGUUACUGCGGCUCUGGAGUACCUCCAUCUGAUGGGGUUCAUUUACCGCGAUUUGAAGCCCGAGAGUAAGCAUUGCUCGGCUCAGAUUGUCGGUUCAAAGCUGACCUUGUCCAGACAUCUUGUUGCACCAGUCCGGUCACAUCAUGCUUUCAGACUUCGACCUCUCCAAGCAGUCCGACCCCGGCGGUGUUCCUGGUAUGAUCCUUGCUGGAGGACGUAAUGCCAGCGGCGGUAUCACGAGCAACCCCACACCAAACAACAUGCCGACGAUCGACACAAAGAGCUGCAUUGCUAACUUCAGGACAAACUCUUUCGUGGGCACGGAGGAGUAUAUCGCGCCAGAGGUCAUCAAGGGAUGCGGUCAUACGAGCGCUGUCGAUUGGUGGACCCUUGGCAUCCUGAUCUACGAAAUGCUCUUCGGCACCACUCCGUUCAAGGGCAAGAACAGGAAUGCGACCUUUGCAAACAUCCUUCGAGACGAGGUUCCGUUUCCGGAAGGAAACGGAUCCCCAAAUGCUUCCAAGUAAGUCAUGCGAGACCUCGCUGUUGUCUCUGUGCUAAUCUCAUCCCACAGCCUUUGUAAAUCCCUUAUCCGUAAACUCCUCAUCAAAGACGAACUGCGACGUCUCGGCUCUCGCGCUGGUGCAUCAGAUGUCAAGACACACGGCUUCUUCCGCUCGACCUCGUGGGCGCUGUUACGACACCAGAAACCGCCGAUAAUUCCAAAUCAGGGUCGCGGAAUCGAUACCAUCAACUUCCGUAAUGUCAAGGAGAGCCAGAGUGUGGACCUUGGUAAUGGCGCAACGACCGGCGUGAACAAGGGUUUUGGUACACCGGCCAGCAAGAUGAAGGGCGUACCGCUUGACUCGGGAUUGGAGACACCUGGUGGAGAGAUUGCGGAUCCCUUCGAGGAGUUCAACAGCGUGACAUUACACCACGAAGGCGAUGACCACGCAAUGGCAGAUGAUGAGCAGCUGAACGCGCAUCGGUAG